AUGGCCAACCAAGAAGUCGCGACUUCGAUGCUCUUGUUCAGGAUCUUCGGCUUGCUUGCCUUGGCCGGUUCUGCAGCUGUGAUGGUCACCAACCACUUAACAUACAGCAAUGGCAUCAAGACGACCUUCAAGGAUGUCAUCACUUACAGGUAUGUGCUAUCAACAGCGCUGAUCGGAGCAGCUUAUUUAUUAGUGCAGCUUCCGUUUGCAAUAUACCAUGCCUGCACCGAGAAGAGGAUAUUUCGCAAUGGGUGCUUGCCCGAAUUCGAUUUCUAUGGCGACAAGCUCAUAAGCUUGAUCUUGGCCACGGGAGUCGGCGCAGGGUUCGCCAUCAGCUUCGAGUUAAAGAAAUUCAUCCGCGACUUCUUCGACGUCCUCCUCACGUUCGAUAUCCCGCUUGACGACGACGACAAGUCGAAGGCGAUCAAAUUCCUCAACCGGGGAAUCAUCUCCACCGGAUUGUUGGCCCUAGGGUUGGUCUGCAUGGUCAUCGUCUCUGUACUCUCGUCCAUCAAUCGCAACUCAUCCAGAGGUGGCUUCUUCAGACGAUCUAAUAACUAA